AUGAGACGAGUGAAUCUCUGGCGCGGCGCGCUUGGCCGAUCGCCAUGCCGCUGCCGAUCGAUGUCCUCCACCGCCGCCCGGGCUCCCGGCGAGAGAGAUAGCAGCAGAGUGGAGCAAAUCGCGUGGAUUGGAGGCGGGGUUCUCAUCUAUGGCGCUACCGCAGCGCUGGCUUUCAGCAUUCUCGACGAUGUUCUCAUCUACAAGAAAUGCAGCAGCAAGGCAAUGGAAGUAGCGGCGGAAGAUCCACGGAUGAAGAGCUUCCUUGGCGAGGGAUUCAAGCAAGGCUCGUGGUAUGAGGCCUCGCUUGGCUCCGCCCUUCAAAAACAGGCCGUGUCGUGCACAUUUCCAGUAUAUGGCGAUCAUGGAUCGCUUGGCAGCGUCAAGUUGAGAGCUGUUCGUGAAGGGAACAGCAUCAGUUCUUUGGCUUACAACAUCAUUGGGCCCGCGCAGUGGGAUUUGCUCAUCCUGGAAGCCACGCUCCACUCCGCCGACAAAAAGACAACCGAUAGAAUCAAUCUCAUGGAGCCCUCUUGGGACAGUAGAGAUGGCCGCAAAGCAGCCAUCGCCAACGGGCACCAGGAUUAUGUCAACAAGCUCCUGGCCAAGAACUAGAAAUGCGAUUGAUUGAUACGACGAUAAAAGCAAAGUUUCUAGCAAUUUAUGUGAAACGCUUCAUGUCAA